GUGCCUUUGACACUGACAGGUCUUUUGAAUAAUUCUAAAAAUUAAAGGUGAUGAUAAACCCAAUUUGAUUAUUUCUCUUUAUAAAGUUGCCAGCAUGAAGAGACUUGUGAAAAGUUGCCAGCAUUAGUUUUCCUAGUUUGCGGCUUCUUUUGUUCGUAUUGUUCCUCAUUAUUUGGAAGUUAGCACCUUCUUUUUCUUCUUCUUAUAGAUUAUAAAUGGUAUGAUGCAGGAUGCCAUUUUAGUUCCAAUAAGAUUCAACUUCUUCUUUUGGUAACCCAUAGUGCAGUUUAUACAUCCAUUUGAUUCUUUGUAGGCAUCAUUUUUACGAGAUUUUUACGAGAUAGAGCCACUCCAAAGUUUGUAUGCGAGUCCUGCUAGUCCAUAGAGUUGUUCGGCAUUUCUGUUAAUACUUCAUACAUAAAUUUGGAUGAGUUCCAUGACAGAAGUCAAUAAGCCUCAUGCUGUAUGUGUUCCUUCGCCAUUUCAGAGCCAUAUAAAGGCAAUGCUUCAGUUUGCUCAACUCCUUCACCAUAGAGGUUUUCAUAUAACCUUUGUCAAUACAGAGUUCAACCACAGGCGCUUUCUUAAAUCUCAUGGACACAACUCUCUUGAUCAGUUUCCUGAUUUUAAGUUUGAAACCAUUCCAGAUGGCCUUCCAAGUUCAGAUGAAAAUAAUUCCCAAGACCUCACUUUGGUGAUGAAUUCACUCAGAAAACAUUUCUCGGCUCCCUUCCGCAACCUCCUCAACAAAUUGAGUGUCAAUAAGAAUCUUCCGGUAACUAGCAUCGUCUCGGAUGGCUUCAUGCCGUUCACCGUCACAGUUGCCGCCGAACUUGAAAUUCCUAUAGCACUGUUUUUUACUUUGGCGGGAGUUGGAUUCAUGAGCUUCAAAUUGUUUCCAACUUUGGUGGAAAAAGGAUUUGCACCCCUCAAAGAUGAGAGCCCUCUGACAGAUGACUUUCUGGACACGGCAGUUGACUGGGUUCCGGGACUGAAACAUAUACGUUUAAGGGAUCUCUCAGGCGCCUGGAGAACUACAAACCCCGAUGACGUUCCGUUCAACUUCUUUCUAGAAACAGCGGAGGGAGCUCAUAAAGUUUCAGCUGUUAUUGUUCAUACUUUUGAGGCGUUGGAGCCAGAUGUUUUGGAAGCUUUCUCCAGCAGCAGAUCUAUGCUUCCACCUGUUUAUGCCAUUGGCCCUCUCCAAUUACUUCUCAAUCAGAUACCAGAAUACCCUUUGAAGUCUGUGGGAUAUAGUUUAUGGGAAGAAGAAACUGAGUGCCUCCAGUGGCUAACUGGUAAGGCACCAAACUCUGUUCUGUAUGUGAAUUUUGGGAGUAUGGUGGUCAUGACACCACAACAUCUAAUGGAGUUUGCUUGGGGACUUGCAAAUAGUAAGCUUUCGUUCUUGUGGGUUAUUAGACCUGAUUUGGUUGUUGGUGAAUCCAUGGUGGUUUUGCCACCGCAGUUUGUAGCUGAAACAAAGGAAAGAGGUUUAAUUGCUAGUUGGUGUCCACAAGAGCAAGUGCUCAACCAUCCAUCAGUUGGAGGAUUUUUGACACACUGCGGUUGGAAUUCAAUAAUGGAGAGCAUUUCUGCUGGAGUGCCUUUGCUCUGCUGGCCAUUAGUCGCUGACCAGCGGAUUAACUCUCGUUAUACUUGCUAUGAGUGGGGUAUUGGCAUGGAGAUCAGUAAUGAUGUGAAGAGAGAAGAAGUACAGAAACUCAUUGAAGAGUUGAUGGAAGGAGAGAAGGGUAAGGAAGUUAAAACAAAGGUCAUGAUGUGGAAGAAACUUGCAGAGGAGGCCUCUUCUUCGCAUGGUUCUUCGGCCAUAACCUUGGACAAUUUAGUCAAUCAAGUGCUGAGCAAAGCUAGAUAUUAGUUUUAAACACAUGCUGGCUUCUUUAUAUUGAAACCAAUCUUAUUUAUGUUUACUGAUUAGUGGUUACUGUCUCAGCUGACUACCUAGAUGGCUCCCUUGGGCCCUGUUAUUGCUUAGUAGCAUGGUUACUUAUCUACAUCACUGCAUGCAUCAUAUCUUAAGUUAAGGGCUGUUUCAUGAUUGACUACUGCUUGUAUCUGAACAUGGGGAGUGAAUUGUAUUCAAUGAACAUGGGAAUUGAAUAUUGUCGUAGUUUUACAAUUGGCUUCAUGAACAUAUUCGAACCCCACAUAUCCUGAUGAUGACAUCUUUAACUUUUCCAAAGAAGCAAUGAAUAAUUGAAUAUGGUGCACAAAGACUUUUCAUGCGUUGGAGCAUGAUGUUUUGGACGCUCCCUCCUCUACGGCUAUACGCCUCCACCAAUUCAUGCCACACUUCAGUCUUUGACAGGGACUUGCAAACAGUAAGCUACCGUUCUUCUGGGCAUUAAGACCUGACCUAGACAUCUAGUUGAUGACCAGUCAACAAAUUUGACACCCCUGAGUUUGUAGCCAAGACUAAGCUUAGGGAAGUCUAUUUGCAAGUUGGUAUCCACAAUUGACAAUAGCAAGUGCUUAAUGGCCCAUCAGUUGGAGACUUUCUAACACAGAGCAGAUGGAAUUCAACAGGGGCGGAUCUAGGGCACCGGUAGGGG